AUGUCUGCGGCCAUAGCCUCAUUAGCAGUGUCGAAUCCGACGUCUGGAUCGUAUGGAGUUGCAGAAUUCUACAUCACAUGCAAUCCCCCACUGCUCCCACUAGGUGUUAAGCGUAUUAUCGAGUCAGCCCAGUCAGCCUGUCAGGAUAAACUUCUCGAAAUAUUGUACGAGCCAGAGACACCUUGGUUCAAAUGCAUCACCGCGACUGAGUACCAGAACCAAGUCUCUGACGUUAUCCAAAAUCUCAUGCACAAACUCCUAAAGAAGGAAGUUCAGCCGCUCAAAUUUAACGUAGUGGAGGAUAUCGAUGUGCACGAGGGCACAUUCCACCCAGAUGUUGUCUCAAGAGAAACAGAUGAACCUCUCAUAAUUCCAUGGAUGGUCUAUAAUUCCAUUGGAAGCGACAUGUAUCCAGAUUUUGACCACUACAGAUUUCCUGAAAUCAUGGCCAAGAUUCCUUUCAAGACAGUCUGGAGAGGGCUUCAGAAUUCUACCGGAGUUUCGACUGAGACGCUUUUAUCCAUAUUUUCUCGUGUCUCCAAAUCCGAGACUGCACCCACCAGCAUCGCUGACUUUGCGUUUUAUACAAACUGUGAGAUGUCACACAAUCUGAGGGAGGACCUAAUUUAUAUCGGGUCCUGGGAGUCGAUGGAAUUAGUCGAUAGGGCGGUUCGAAGGCUCCAAGCGAUCUUGAAUCUAUUAGCAAGUAAACCGAAAGUAGCGUCACAUCUGAUUCUACUCGAAGGAUCAGCGGCUACCAAACUCACGUAUAGGUGGAUGUCUCAUGUUGGGCUCGUCCAUGCAACCUUUGCUGUUCAGUCCGGCAGCUUGGAUAUCGCUGAAGAGUAUAAAUAUCUCGCAAAUGCGGUUGUCAUCAGGACUCACAUCCGAGAGAGAAGUGGUCGUUGGAUUACUGAUGAUACUGUUUAUCCGUUGAAAGAUACACGUCAGCACGAAGCAGAGCAGAUAUUCAGUGCCUUCAAGGGUUACCUUCUGCCUUCCAAGCCAAAGAACGCCAAAGUUCAAGUGUUGCAUGACUGGAAAUAUGCGACGGGUCAAAGGGAUACGUCGCCAACUAAGACAAAGGGGAUCGAUAGCCUUUGCGGACCUAUGAGAAACAAUCAAAAUGUCACUAGCAACUUGGUGGCAGACGACAACAUGAAGUUAUCUUAUUCCGCACUUGUCAACAAUGAUCAAGGGCUUGCACCGAGUCAAGAACUACACGAUGACCAGAAGCUUUUCGCCUGCCAGCCGCCACCAUCGUCGGCUCGACUGUCUCCCACAUUGCAUGGGGCGGAUACAAUUGUACAGUCUACCCAGCGACUGGCCACUACCGAGACAGAGUUUCCCCACGCAUUAGAGCCCUCAAUAGCAGGAGGCUCUGUAUCAACCCAGAAAGAAGAACCAAGAAGCAAAGUUCAAUCUCUGUUUGCAACGUCUGACUACAGUCAAGGAGACCUUCUCAUCUCCCUCAAUGAGGCAGACGAGGAGGCUGCGUGUGAAAAUGGACCGGCUGGCGGUGUGGUUCGUAGUACAAUCGCGGAUCUUCAAGAAGUAAAUGAGGACAUCAUCCGACUUGAACUGUUUGAACGUUCCGAUGACCUUAUAUGGCUGGAGGAUGAAUCGCCGGUUCAGCAGCCGCCUCCCAGAUCAGGCAGUUUGAACGUGCUUGAUGAUGUAUCAGACUACCCCUCUCUUCAGAAUUACGAAACCUUGAGAACUGAGGCCGAAAAGUCCACUACCGUGACUGAAAACAACCCCCUUGAAGCUCAGGAGCAUGAUCUGGUGAGGUUUCUUACCGGUGGUCUGCCCCGGUGUGGGUUAAUAGAUGCUCAGAAGCAUAUUCUGAUGAGUGUUCCCGAUGAAGCUCAGGAUAAUCAGAUUGGUAAUUAUACCGGCGAUCUGGUUGAAUUCCCGGACACUCAGGAGAGUGAUGCCACGGAUAAUCACGCUGGUGAUCUAGUCGAGUUUGGCUUGGCAGAGGAAAGACCAAGAGAAUUCUUCCAAACAAUGAAUCAGAGGGGAGGUCGCGGUAUUGCCAAAUUGUCUAAAAGCGCUCGCUCACCUGGAAGAAUUGGUUCGGAUGCCGAUCAAGAACCAGCCACUGGAAGUCAAAGCGCACGCUGGAAUUCUUCCACGCCUACGGGACCGAGAGCUAAUGCACAGUUCGAAGCUGACUUCCCGGCGCUUGGAGGAACUUCCAAAUCCCCAAAGAAGCAGGCUAAGCAGCCAUUACGGUAUGCUGAUGCUGCCAAGCUAUCCAAUGCUCCAUCAAAACGGCCACCCCAAUUUCCCAUCUCGAGUGGAAGCACCAGCCGGCCCCACCAAAUUUCCUCAAAAGCAUCAGUUGCGUCGUCUGCCAAAGUGGUUGAAAGCUCAAAGGAACCGAAACUUGAGGAGUACGAGAAGGGUAGCCAUGUCCCACUAGAGAAGAGCGAUAUAUUGCGGGACGCGAAGACUCAGCUUAGAAAAAUGUCGCAAAUCCUUGAGCUCACUUCAGGCUAUGUCUCCUUGGAGGUUGUGUUUGGGCGCAUAUAUAUAAAGCAUAUGGGACCGAGCCAUGUAAAUCACACUGGCUCUGGCCCGGCGUUUGCGGUAAAGGAGGUUGUUGACCUUUUAAAUGGCGAGAAUUUCCGACAAGACCGUAUUGGCUUCUCACCUAUGUUAUCUACCUCAGAAGGUGAUGCCAACAUGCUGGUGAGCAUUAUGCCGCCGGGGGAAACGCCGUGGCAUCUGUUUGAGAAGGAAACGUGGUAUGAUUUCCACUGCACCUAUUUCGGGCCUAGAGGCGAGGAGGCCAUCAUCAUUGAAUUGAAUGCCGACAAACUCCAAUAUCGAGUCCGGGGCCCACGGCACGAAGUAUUUGCAAUCCACCUUCACUGCCCCCAGCGAGCUUGGGAUAUGAAGGCGCGUGCAGUCCGGUCCCAGGCUUUGGAGCCCGAGUAUCCAUUAAAAUGUUACAUCGAAUCUCUCAUUGAGGAAAUGGACAUCUUGGUUGAUCAUAGGGGCGAUGUGACAAUCAAGUAUCCAGACUACAAUGGCACCCGGGAACUUGAGGCCAUCGUCAUGCGGCGAGUUGCACGAUACCACCACGGAAAGAAGCGAGAUUCCAGUGUGCUCACAGUCACAAUGACUUACUCAAUGGAAGAGAGCUUGGUGGGCGGCAAAAGGCGUGCAGGGGCCGUUCGAGUUUUUGCCUGCCCCACAACCUCGUUGAACAGUGCUUUGCCGCACAAAUACUUUGAGGCAAGCCUAACCUCUUCUCAUCUUGGCCACCACUUUGAUCAAAAUGUCAAUUUGGAGUAUGGCGACAAGACCACGUGGGAUACAGACCAGCUUGCGAGCGAAAAUGUGUUUGAGGACAUGCUUCGGCCAGCCUUUGGAAUGAUUUCUCACAUGGAUCAUAUUGGGUCUUCGAAUAAUACCAUGAGAGGCGUCACCGAUGAGGAUGCGUUUCACGAAUCUUUGGUCGAAGUAGAUGUGAAGAAGAAGAAGUGGGCGUUUUGGUAG